CCGCGGAGUGGGGCGGGAGUUGGCGCUCGCAGGGAGUCGGGCUGGCCCGGCAGUUGCGCAAGUGGCACUGGGGCAGCUAGCUAUAAGAGGGGCAGACAGGCAUGGAGCCCCGGAGGAAUCCCCGUGCCAGCAGCUGCAAGGUCCUGGAAGAAGAUCCCAGGGAGGAAAAUGUGCUGGAGACCCCUGUGCCGAUUCCUGUGGCUUUGGUCCUACCUGUCCUGUGUUCAAGCUGUGCCUAUCCAGAAAGUCCAGGAUGACACCAAAACUCUCAUCAAGACCAUUGUUACCAGGAUCAAUGACAUUUCACACACGCAGUCGGUUUCCGCCAAGCACAGGGUCGCUGGCCUGGACUUCAUUCCAGGGCUUCACCCCAUCCUGAGCUUGUCCAAGAUGGACCAGACUCUGGCUGUCUACCAACAGAUCCUCACCAGCCUGCCUUCCCGAAAUGUGCUGCAAAUAGCUAACGACCUAGAGAACCUCCGGGACCUUCUCCAUCUGCUGGCCUCCUCCAAGAGCUGCUCCCCGCCUCAGACCAGCGGCCUGCAGAAGCUGGAGAGCCUGGGCGGUGUCCUGGAAGCCUCGCUCUACUCCACAGAGGUGGUGGCUCUGAGCAGGCUGCAGGGAUCUCUGCAGGACAUUCUUCGACAGCUGGACCUUAGCCCCGAAUGCUGAGAUGUCAGGGACCACCAGCCUCCCAGGGAUCAUGUUGAGGGAAGAAAGCUUGGCUUCCAGGCGUCUUCAGAAGAAGAGAGCCACAUGUGCACACGGCUCCUCCAGGACUCCGUCCACUUCCCUCACUCCUCUAGACCACCCUUCCAAAGACAUGACUCCACAACGCUUGACUAAAGACAGACGUGCACGGGCUCCACGAGCUAACUAGGAGGGGCCAG